CUUCAAACAUUUUGAAAACCACUUAUAAUCGCUAUCCAAAUGGGCACGUGCUAACGGCGUAACCAACAGGUUGUAAAGUUUCCCCACUACUGCUUUUCCUAAGAAGAAUGCCUGGGGCCUCAAGGGUGAGGCUAUAUAGAGCUUCUCCAUCCCCGAACGAGUUUAGAUGGAUACAGAGAUUCGCCCAGUUAACAUUUUGCGACGAAUACAUGGAAUCCAGUCUAUCUGUUUCUUAUGUUUUGAAACAAAUACGCGUUAAAGUAAUCGCAAUCGCAAUUGUAUACAUUGUAUAAUAAGGAAACGAGCAUAUUUUCAGUGUUGUGCUGCCAGUAGUUUCCAGUGUCACCUUGGAUUAAACUUAGAUUAUUAGCUAAUUACAAAUGAUGAUGGAAAACAAUUACAAGCGAGACGACGGAAGGUAUAAACAAAAGAACAGCUUAGAUACGUUGGUUCUAGACUUAUCAUGCAAGGAGCGCGUGCCACUUAUAUCGUCUGGACUGGAUGAAUUAAGAGAGGAAAUCAAAAUCAGAGAAGAAAGAGAAAGAUUAAAUCUUUUCACUAGCGUGUCACAAACUUUGUCUGCAAACGCGAAUAAACAUACAUAUAAAGAAACAAAUCUCCUAGAUGAAGAUAAACGGACUCCCAUCGGGGGUAGUAGUGCGAUGCUGUCUCCAUAUUCCGAGACAAACUCGCCGAAAAGGAUGAAGAAUGAAUCUGUGGACUAUUACGAAAAUAGUAGUCAAUUGAAACACGCAACAUUAACAAAUAUGUUACCGCGCGAUAUUAUUCCAGGUGUAACAAUGAUGACACCUCAGCAUCCGUCGUUAUUUGUGCUCCCGAAUGAAGCCACGAAUAUUCCAUUGAUGAUGCCGACCAUGCCUAUACCAUACAUGGAAGCAACGCAAUCUUUUAUGACAAAUGAUGAGGCCAAAAGAAAAGUUCCGUUCACGAUGUCAGCAGAAUGCUCGACUUCUAUGGAGAUGAAACUGCUAACGUCACCGUUAGACACAGUAAAGAAAUUGCAAAGACCUUUCAAGGCCUAUCCGAAGAACCUUUUGUCCAUGGUGUCCACUCUCGACUAUAACUCUAAUGAGGAGUUCACAAAGUUUCGUCGCAACUUGAUGGACGAAAUGGGAAAGACACCCAGGAAUAAAUCGAAUCCUAAAAUGCGCCGAAUAUCCAAAAGUCCUGGAUUGCCUACUAGCACCGUUAAUGAAAAAGACGCUGCGUAUUAUGAAAGACGAAGAAAAAAUAAUGAAGCAGCUAAGCGUUCCAGGGAUGCUCGCAGAGCCAAGGAAGAUGAGCUCGCAAUCAAAGCGGCUUUCCUCGAACACGAAAAUAUCCAGCUGAAGCGCGACGUGAGAGCACUUAAGCAUGAACUACAAAAGUAUACUAAUUACAAUUUUGUAUGUUAAGAUCAUUUCAUUAGUUGUAAGUCGUUAUUACAGCUUGUGAUAAUAAUAUAUAACGAUAACGAUAUUACGAUUUAUCAUGAUAUAGUUUUCGAUUGCAAAAAAUAUAUUAAUUUAAAUGUACAGCAUAAAUACCAUGUAUGUAUAUAUUAUAUAUCACGUAUUAUCCAAUAUAAUUAUUUACUGUGUUAUGAAAACUGAUUCGUAAUUAAGUGAUAAAAAAACAAUAUUUGACAGUGUAUUCGUUUCUUGUGUACAUCUUUGAGCGUUUGUCUUAAGAGACGAUCUUUAGAGACGAUAAAUUAUCAACAUGUUAAUUCUAUGAAAUCAUGUAAUAUUUAUAAGAACAUAUAUAAAACAUGUACAUAUAUAAGCUGCGUUAAGAAAUUAAAUUAAGUGCGGAGUUAUAUGGUAAUUUAAAUAUACUUAUUUGUUUAUAAUCGAUGCUAUUAAGACUGAUACAAAUAAUAGAUUGAUAUCAAAAUAUGAAAAUCAACUUGCAAUAUCAAAAAGCAAUAUAAAAAUUAAAAUAUGAUUGAAUCCUAUUUUUGCAAUACAACCUAAUAAAAUGUAUUAAUAAUAUAUGUCAGUCUACUUGUAUAAACGGAAACUAGAUACUAUAGAUAUAAUAUGCGUAUUGAUUUAGGAUAAAUUUUAACCAAAGUUUAGUAUCUUAGUAACAGUUAAGAAAUUUAUAAACUAAUGUUUACACACGUAUUAUUUGUAAAUUAAUGUAUACAUACAUAUUACAUGAA